AUGACGUCCUCCGCCAAGCCCAACAGGUCCAUCCUGGAAAAAUUCAUCGGCGCCGACCAUCACGAGCCUGAGGAGAAGGCUCCGUCCAUCACCAAUGCCGACCCUUACGUCGAGUUUGAGCCUACCGUUGGCGAGUUCCUGAGCGAGAUUACUCCCACUGCUCACGGCAUUGCCCAGUAUUUCUGGAGCCUGUUCCCCUUCCUGUCAUGGAUUCACAAAUAUAACUGGGUGUGGUUCCUUGGUGACUUCAUUGCUGGUGUCACUGUGGGCGCUGUUGUCGUCCCCCAGUCCAUGGCUUACGCCCAGCUCGCCCAACUCCCCGUUCAGUAUGGCUUGUACUCUUCUUUUAUGGGUGUCCUCAUCUAUUGGUUCUUUGCUACCUCCAAGGAUAUCACCAUCGGACCCGUCGCUGUCAUGUCUCAGGUCACGGGCAAUAUUGUUCUUCAUGCCCAGGAUGUGAUCCCUGAUGUUGAGGGCCACAUUGUUGCUUCAGCUCUUGCUGUUAUUGUUGGCUCGAUUGUCACAUUCCUCGGCCUCGCCCGACUUGGCUGGAUUGUCGAGGUCAUUCCCCUGCCCUCCAUCUGUGCCUUCAUGACAGGAUCUGCCAUCAACAUUAUUGCUGGCCAAGUUUCCAAGCUUAUGGGCAUCAAGGGUGUCAACACCCGUGCCGCUCCUUACCGAGUCAUCAUCGAUACUCUCAAGGCUCUUCCCAAGACUAAGCUGGACGCUGCCCUCGGUCUGAGCUCUCUCGUCAUGCUCUACGGCAUCCGUGGUCUUUGCUCGUUCCUCGCCAAGAAGCAGCCCCAGCGUGCCAAGCUCUUCUUCUUCAUCUCAACCCUGCGAACCGCCUUUGUCAUCCUGCUGUACGUCGCUAUCAGCGCUGGUAUGAACAUCCACCACAGGGAUAAGCCCAGAGUCAGCGUUGUUGGAGAUGUUCCUAGCGGUUUCACCCACGCUGCCGUUCCUGAGAUCAACUCCCGUAUCAUCAAGGCCUUUGCUUCUGAGUUGCCCGCCGCCGUCAUCGUCGUCCUGAUUGAGCACAUCUCUAUCUCCAAGUCCUUUGGCCGCAUCAACAACUACGUCAUCGACCCCUCGCAGGAGCUUGUCGCUAUUGGUGUCACCAACCUGCUCGCACCCUUCCUUGGUGCCUACCCCGCCACUGGUUCCUUCUCUCGUACUGCCAUCAAGUCUAAGGCUGGUGUCCGCACUCCCUUCGCUGGUGUCAUCACUGCUAUCGUUGUCCUCCUGGCUCUCUACGCCCUCACUGCUCUCUUCUGGUACAUCCCUAACGCGGCCCUCGCUGGUGUCAUCAUUCACGCCGUCGGAGAUGUUAUCACCCCUCCCAAGGUUGUGUACCAGUUCUGGCGUGUCUCUCCCAUUGAGGUGAUCAUCUUCUUCGCCGGUGUCUUGGUCACUGUCUUCUCUACCAUUGAGAAUGGCAUCUACACCACCGUCUCGAUCUCUUUCGCUGUUGUCAUCUUCCGUCUCUUCCAGACCCGUGGCCGCUUCCUCGGUGUUGUCCGCAUCCGAACCAUGAAGGCCAAUGUCAGCAACGGAACUUCAAGCCCCGGAUCCAUUGCCAAGGAGGUCGCUGUUGACGAGAGUGAGAGCUCUCUCCGAGCUGGAUUCCUUCCCAUCGACCACGCCGACGGUUCCAACCCCAACGUCAUUGUCCACAGCCCCUAUCCUGGCGUCUUUAUCUACCGCUUCGCCGAGGGCUUCAACUACCCCAACGCCUCGCGAUACCUCAACCACCUUACCGAGACCAUCUUUGUCGAGUGUCGCAGGACCAACCCCGCUCUCCUGGGUAGACUGGGUGACCGUCCUUGGAACGAUGGCGAGCCCCGCAACAUUAAGCUUGAGACCAACGAUGAGCGCCCUAUCCUCAAGGCUGUUAUCUUUGACUUCUCCACUGUUAACAACGUCGAUGUCACUUCUAUCCAGGCUUUGAUUGAUGUGCGCAACCAGCUUGACAAGUUUGCUGCGCCCGAGAUUGUUGACUGGCACUUUGCCAACAUUGAGAACCGAUGGACCAAGCGUGCCCUGGCGGCUGCUGGUUUUGGCUUCCGAACUCCCCGCGAAUCGGAUGGUGCUGGUCAAUGGAAGGCCAUCUUCAGCAUUGCUGAUCUCGGUGGCUCCGACAGCGCUGCCACGGCUGCUGCUUUUGACGAGAAGGCCAAGAUUUCCCCUGUCCGCCAGGACAUUGAGGCUGUUGACGAUUCCAUCAACAGCCAGUCGGAGAAGGGCGUGUCAAGGGACCCCUCCCGCUCGCGCCUGGUCGCUGUGCAGGGUCUCAACCGACCUUACUUCCAUCUCGACUUGCAGGAGGCUGUCGACGCUGCCAUCUCCAACGCGGAGACCAAGCAGCACUAA